CGGAUGCGGCGUGCGGCGCAAUCGGUGCUCAAACACUUUAAAUCUUGUCUCGCUUUAGUUUUGACAAAAUAAUUCUUCUCGAUUUAGUACCGAGCGGACUAAAGCCUCGACGCAGCCUCGACAUCAUUCGUUGAACCUUUGUGUCCGGAUAAACUCUUAUCGGUGCACGUUGAAGCUUCACAGGCUAGCAUAGUUUAGCUUAGCAUGCUAGGCGCUGACAAAGGGACGCGUUUUGUUAUCGACGCAUCGCUAAGCUAAGAGAGUGUGUGUGUUGUGAUCAUCGUGUGGGAAAUGAGUGCAAAAAGUGUGGCAGAAGAAGACGAGGAGGAACUUUGGGGAACAAAAGAGGAGAACGAGCGACCACGUCAAUGGCUACGAACGGACGCCGUUAUCGAUCAGCCUGCGGUUGCGCCACACGGAGCAGACAUCCGUGAACACUCGUGUCAUCCUGACCAGCAAGAACCAGAGCCCUCCCGCAUAAAAGAGGAAGGGCAGGAGAGUGAAAUCACCACGUUUCCACUGACUUUCAUUAAGAGUGAAGACGAUGACGAAGAAGAAGGUGAUGGAGAUUGUGGGGCAUCACAAUCAGACAGCCUCUUAGCGCCACUGUCAGAUGGUGACGUCAUAGCGUCACGCUCUUCUGACACGAAUGAUGAUGAACACUCGAAAGGAGAGGAAAGCAGUGCACUGUCAACACUGUGUAUAGUAGGGACAGUGCGUUGCUGACCUCGACUCGGGACAUUGUGAGCCGGUGGGGAGAAUACGUCGAAGACCUCCUCAAUUCCACCGACACACCUUCCCAUGAGGGAGCAGAGUCUGGGUUCUCUGAGGUGGGCUCUCCUAUCUCUGGAGUUGACGUCAUCGAGGUGGUUCAAAAGCUCCUCGGUGGCAGGGCCCCGGGGUGGAUGAGAUUCGCCCGGAGUUCCUCAAGGCUCUGGAUGUUGUGGGGCUGUCCUGGUUGACAAGCUUCUGCAACAUUGCAUGGACAUCGGGGACAGUGCCUCUGGAUUGGCAGACUGGGGUGGUGGUCCCCCUUUUUAAGAAGGGGGACCGGAGGGUGCGUUCCAACUGCAGGGGGAUCACACUCCUCACCCUCCCUGGUAAGGUCUAUUCAGGGGUGCUGGAGAGGAGGGUCCGUCUGGAAGUUGAAUCUCAGAUUCAGGAGGAGCAGUGUGGUUUUCAUCCUGGCCGUGGAAGACUGGACCAGCUCUUCACCCUUGGCAGGGUCCUCGAGGGUGCAUGCAGGGAACUCCCCCCAACCAGUCUACAUGUGUUUUGGCGUUAGAGGGAGUCCGGUUUGGUAGCCUCGGUAUUGCAUCUCUGCUUCUUGCAGAUGAUGUGGUUCUGUUGGCUUCAUCAAGCCGUGACGUCCAACUCUCACUGGAGCAGUUCGCAGCCGAGUGUGAAGCGGCUGGGAUGCGAAUCAGCACCUCCAAAUCUGAGACCGUGGUCCUCAGUCGGAAGAGGGUGGCGUUCCCUCUCCGGGUCGGGGAUGAGAUCCUGCCCCAAGUGGAGGAGUUCAAGUAUAUUGGGGUCUUGUUCACAAGUGAGGGAAGAAUGGAACUGGAGAUCGACAGGCGGAUCGGUGCAGCGUCUGCAGUAUCGGUCCGUUGUGAUAAAGAAGGAGCUAAGCCGAAAGGCAAAGCUCUCAAUUUACCGGUCGAUCUACGUUCCUCGCCUCACCUGUGGUCACGAGCUGUGGGUCGUGACCGAAAGAACGAGAUCCCGGAUACAAGCGGCCGAAAUGAGUUUCUUCCACAGGGUGUCCGGGCUUUCCCUUAAGAGAUAGGGUGAGAAGCUCGGUCAUCCGGGAGGAUCUCAGAGUAGAGCCGCUGCUCCUCCACACGAGAGGAGCCAGAUGAGGUGGCUGGGGCAUCUGAUUCAGAUGCCUC